UCGAAUCCAAAUGUUUGGUUUGGCAGAAUCAGAAUAGAAUGGGAAUCCUUCGUAUGGGGAAUGGCCAUUCCCGACCCCUCCCCAGGGAAUGCGAUUCUCGUUCCAGAUAUGAAUAUCUUUUUUUAUUUUUUUGGACAAGAAUGCCCUCCUCAUUUUCGCCGAACAGGGAGAACUCCAUUGCCAUCUUCCAUUGGGAAAGCCGAACAGAGAGCAGGGAACUAUCACCAUCUUCCAUCGCCGAACAGAGGGCCGAACCUACCUCCGGCGAGAUCUGCUCCUACUCAUUUUUGGGAUCGAUCUACUUCACUGCUACCAUUAACGGUUUUUCACACCAGGCAAUCGGAGAAGCAACAGAAAAAAGGAAAAUUCUCAAAUAAAGUGGACAGAAGCUUGCUUCAAGUUGUGCCCAUGCAAGGUCCAAGCACCUUAGCAUCUAUACAGGUUAUUGGAGGCUUGGUUAUAGUUAUAAUGCUUCCUCUUGUGUCACUGACUACACAAUCCGCUUCCUACGUGUUCACUCAUUUUGAGAUAUCUGAGUCAACUGGGAUAACAAGCAGUACCUUCUAUAUGGAAAUUGAGUAGAAAUCUUGUGGGUGAUAGAUUCAUCUGAUAUCUUCCUGCCAACAUGUGAGCAUUUUGCUUCUCCUGCAUGUGGUACAUAAAAUACUGUCUUCCUAAGUUUAGCUAAUAGCAUAUUAUUAUUAUUUUUGGUAGAAAGCUAAUAGCAUAUUAGAGUUUUGUAAACAUUUACCA